AUGAACGAUGAACAAAACGAUGAUUCUAAGAAAUCGCCCUCAGAGGACCACGACGAGGAAAAGCAAAGUCGUUCCAAGACAGCCAAGGAAGAGGUUUCAGAGGCUACAAAUGAUGAAUCGAAUAAGGAUCUGGAUCAACAAAAAGACACUGAUUGGUUUUCACUUACGAGUUUAAACACCGAAUUAAGCACUGUAUUUGAACCCUAUCCCUUUGGAAGUGAUGGAGCCAUGACAUACGAAGAUUUUAGAGCCAAGUUGAAAGAAGUCCCACGUUCGAUAAUUGAUUAUAUGGGUUACGUUCCAAAUUCCGUGAUUCGACUCAUAAUAGGCAAAUGGGUAGAGGAAUACCAAGCAGCGGAGGAAAUGGAGAGGAGAGAAUCUGGGAGGAAGAAACUUACAAUAGAAGAAGAUGGCUCAAUUGGUAGCGGGGAAUUCGUAAUGACCUCAAAGAAGGAUGCUCAACGACUGAAAAAGAUACGAAUGGAAACAACUCAACAAAUUCUUACACAGAGUACUCGUCCUACAGCUAGCCUUUCACAAGUACCACCCGAAAAUGCUACGACCUACGAGCAAGAAGAGAUAACGAACGAGUCAGUUAACUUCGAACUCGAGGAGGACGGAGAAGAAACAACAAAACAGGAGAUCGCUGGAGAGGGACAGCCACAGAUCCUCUCUCGUUAUGAAAUGGACCAAAUAAUCGCCCAGAUAGGCGAAGCUAUCGGUGGCGAUGACAAAGAUAUUGGAAAGUUGAUAUCAGGUGUAUUGAGAGGGAAGGCAAGUGCUAUCAAUACGUUUGCCUCUAUAGUUCCAGACCAAGACAUUCGAGCCGAUUUUCUACACACAAUCCUCGAGCCUGGCUAUAUCAUAUUCUUGCUAAACUGUCACUUCCAGUCACUGCAAACUAUACUCGGUGCUAUAAACAUAAUAUUGCACAAUGAUCCUUCUAAUUCUAAUGAACGAGCAGCGUUAUCGGAGAGGUUUUUGGAGAUUCUUGGAGAAACACCUGAUAGUGAAGAUUCCAAGUUGAUGGCAUUUGUGCAAGCCUUAGAAAAGACCUGUGAUCUGGUUGUCAGAGAAUUGAGAAAAAGAGUUCUUAAGGGCUUUGAUAUGACUGAUCUAAAAGCCCAGUUCAAGGAAUGUCUAAAAAAAGAUGAUCAUCAAAUGAUUAGCUUCGCUAAUAAGGUGAACAUAUCACCUAUCCAGCUGAACGAUAUCAUUGCGAUGACCCUCACUUGUCAGUACGAGGCGCUGGAAGAAUAUCUCGAACAUCUACCUAAACUUGGAAAAUACGCGGUUGAGAAAUGGGAUGAAGAUUAUGAAAAGAAGAUUGGGCUAGGGGAGUCUAAAACAAAACUCGCUGAAAAAUCUCGCAUGAAUGGACAAGCAAGGGAAAAGUUGCAUUGGUCUUUAUCGGAAGCUAUUUCCGAAGUUCCUACAGAUUCUGGUAAUGCUUCAAGUUAUCACAACUACUUUUUAUAA